GGAGACCUUUUAUACACUUUGCAUGAAGCAGCUACAGCUAGGCCUACCAUGCUGGAAAAUCUACGCACCGUCAAUUUACAAAUUGACGAUGAUCCAAUGUUGUCAGCAUGAAAAUAUCUACGCACCAUAAUAUAGAUCAUUAUUUAUGUUUAUCGCUGUCGUUUUCAGAAACAGAAGCAAGUAUCAAUGGAUCCUGCAGACUCCGGUUGUGAGGGUGAACAUUCGGCACACGGUCGUCCGAACGUACAAACCAGGAGGUACACUGCUGGUUAUUGACCUACGAUAUGUGCGGAAGACUGUAAGACCCCUCUUGUCUCCCCUCUACAUCAGAGCUAAGCUUAUCAUAGGGCAUAGUCAUUUACCACAAUAAUUCUGAGGCUCCUUUAAUUUCAGCGCUAUUGACAUUCAGCGAUGAAAGCAACAAAUAGCGCAGUAAGUCGAAGAUUUAGGGAAAUCUUAGGCAACAUUUUGCGGAGUAGAUCCCGAUCGGCGUUGAAGACGAAAACCAGCAUUGCAUGACUAAGCCCAAGCCCUGUACUAAACUUGAAAUCAUGUCAGAGAUUCUAUUACUCACGUCAGAGAUAUCAUCACUCACGUUAGAUAUAUUGAUUAUCAUUGUUCACCAGCUAACUAUAACUUGUACUAGAAGUGGGUCCGGGUUGGCAUCACGAAAAUAGGGCAGAGACAGCGUCUCUGGGCGUGUUUCGAGUGGCUGCUCCUAAUCCGUGACCUCGUGUUUAAGCGGUAAAGGCAGUUGCUUGGAGAUCCUACUGUCUGGCCCACGGAGACACGUCGACACAUAGCGCUGCUCCGCGAUACUCGUGUAGUAUAGAGUAUUUAGCGACAAAAUUACACCCUUUCAUGGGGAUCAUACAGGGCUCGCAAAUGAAUCUGAAUCUAGUAGAGCUUAAUGAUCGCAAAAAAAUGUCUUGAUGUUAAUGGCGUAUCAAGCUCCUACUAGAAGCGUCAUUCAUCUUGGAAGAGAAGCUCCAUCUUGAUGAGCGUCUUUCCAAAUCGAUUUCAGUUUUGAUUUAGUAAGUUUUUUUACUAUCGGGGUUUUAAUUUGAUGCUAUUUGAAAAAGUAAUAUUAUUGUGACGCUGGAGCUGUUCCUAAUGCUGGGUCCAGGUAGCGAAUAACGAGCAAGGGCU